UCUCAACUGAGAGACUACGUUUGAGUAAAUAACCAAUAACACCGCGUCGCCAUUAUUACAUUUACCUAAGAACAAACUAGACUAUGAUAUGGGACACGUAUUCGAUACAACAACUAUUAGAUUUAUACCUACAUCAACCAGUGCUAUGGAACAAGAAACAUUCUGACUACGGUGACAAAAAAUUACGAGAAGCAGCGCUGCAAGCAAUAGUCGACCAGAUGGAUCGGAACUUAACCGUAGAGGACAUAAAUCGAAAGUACAGAAGUUUGAAAGCAGCAUACCGAAUUGAAGUCAGAAAUAUUAACACGGCUAAAGUUCGCGGGUUCUUUUACAAACCAACGUUGCAUUGGUUUUCCAUUUUCAAGCAACACGCGAAGCAAAUGGAGGAUCGCAAGAUUAAGCAUUACGAUGCAUCGAAGAAACUUGUCCUCCAAGGAUGUCUGACAGACCGUGACCAAACCGUUUAUUCGCUAAAAGAUGUCUAUGAAAAAUCUUUAGGGCCUAUCAAUAAGAACUGGCCUCCGCAGGUGCAUUUAGUGACAAAUACUGGUCAAGAAAUACACUUGGAUGAGGACGAGGAAUCGUCAGAAGAGGAAAUGUCAUCAGAGGAGAGUGAGGAUGAGUUCCAAAGCUUUGCUGAUCACAUCGCUGUGCAACUGAGGAGUAUGUCCGUCCACAGGGCUGUCGUGAUACAGGAUCACAUUCAAAAAAUAUUCGCGCAAGACAGAGAAAUUAAUGAGAUAGUGGUCGAAGAAGAUGAAGAAUGAGUGUGAUUUAGAGUAAGAUUUAGGUUUUAUUUUAUAUUACAGUUGUUAGA